AUGGCGGCAGUUUCAUCGAACUAUAAUUUGAGUAAUACAAUCACAACAACAACAUCUGUGAUUAUCGAUGAAGAUGGAGAUUCUAGAGAUUCUGGAAUAUCUGUUUCGAACUGUUCGCCUGAAACCGAAACCGAAAUCGCCAUCACGAAUCCAAUCACAAACAAGCCAAAUGAAAAAGUAGCCACUCAUCGACACCCGCUUUCUGACUGCUCAAACUUGGCCAACAAGAUGCUCUUGAAUACUUCAUCGCGGAACUCUUCUUUGUAAGUUAGAUACGGUGAAAAUAUCUCUCGAAAUAGAAAUUCAGCUACCAUGACACACCAACUGGAAGAAAGACCAAAUCUGUUUUUGCCAUGCAAGAUGAUUCGCUCGAUCAAUCAGUCUAUGAGAAACACCUUGUCGAAUCGCAGGUAAAGGUUUUUAUCAUUUUUUGAUUCAUUUCAUUUUUUAGUUACACGAUCAAAAACAAAUCCAACGUGAAAGAUGUCAUUCUUUUGAACUCGAAGAAACCAGGAGCUUAACACGUAAAAGAAGCAGUUCUUCAUCAACAUCUUCAACAACAUCGUUAAGAAAAAGAAGUAGAAACUUGUACAUUGAUUCAAACAUUGAAGAUACCGUCAAAGAUUCUGAAUUUUUCCGAGAAACAACUGUUCACCAAACGAAAUUAUCUAUACCAACUGUUUCAUUGAAAAACACGUUGCUACAAGCAAAAUCGUUGCUCAAUAUCGCUGAAAAAUCGGAAUCGCAUUGCUCGUUAGGCUAUAAGCGAAACGCAUCGGACGAUUCUUUCAAUGAUUCGAGCAAUCGAUUAGCUUCUUUGGGAGUUGUUCAAGUUAAAACAAUGCGAACGAUGAGUGUUGGAGCAAUUGGUGCCGAUCCAGAUAUUCAAUUACCAAAUGUUUUGGAAGUCGUAAGUUUGUAUUUUUAAAAUAAGGCGUGAUUAAAUUGAUUUUUUUUUUCAGAAGUAUCGCCUAGCAGCAGUCGAAAAACCACAAAAAGAGUCGCAAGCAUUUCGAAGUAUAUCACCAUUAACACUACUCGACGAGUUCGAAAAACUUGGUGAAGAUUUUUUCUCAACGUUCAUUAUAAUUGAUUGUCGAUAUCCUUAUGAAUAUCAAGGUGGACAUAUAAAAGGUUCAAUAAAUGUUUAUUGUCCUUCGGAAAUUGAACGAGUUUUCUUUCCAAAUGAUCCAGCAAAUAUAAUUGAAAAACGAAUUCCAAUUUUUUAUUGUGAAUUCAGUCAAAAACGUGGACCUGCAAUGGCAGCAAAGUUGAGAUCAUUGGAUAGAGUAAGAAACGAAUUGAAUUAUCCACACGUUGAAUAUCCGGAGAUUUAUCUUUUGGAUUAUGGUUAUAGAUCUUUGUGGAGUAAAGAAGAAUGUCGUAGUAUGUGUGAACCGCAGAAUUAUGUGCCAAUGGAUAAGCCGGAAUUUGUGAAACAACUUCGUACAUUUAGAGGGGCUCGAUUGAGAUCGAAUGCGAGUGUGAAGUCGUGUAUAGAUUUAUCUAUAUCAAAGAAAUCGGAACAUGGAUCGCUUCGAAAAUUUUCGCACCGAUCUUUACGGAAACAUGAAUCAUUUCAUAGUGUGAGUUUUUUUUUCGUAAUAAGACAAUUUCUCAUUUAUUUUUUUUAUUUAAAAUUAGGCUUUUCCGCGUGACCUCUCUUUUUUUUUUGAAAAUUAUAUUGGGGUAUUCCAUUAUUUUUGUUUUCUUUGAAUCUAUCGGUCAGUUGAUUCUCCUCAUUAUCUACAAAUAUAGUAACGAUUUAAAUUUCGAAAAUGAAAAUAUUUCAGAUUCGCUCUGAUCUUUCAACUUCACUCUUCAACAUGUCGAAUGAUGAUGUAUUUUCGGAGACUAGCGACAAAGGAAGUUUUCAAAUUUCGAGAAAAUGGGCUUCGGUUUUGAACACAAGUACAGCAGGAUCAGAGGUAGGUAUUUUUCUUUUAACUAGGUUCACAUCUAAAAAUCAAAUAACAGGUGGACGUCGAUGUUCAAUUAGAACAAAUCACAACAUCUACCGUCUCCUCUGAUGAUCAGAAAAAAGAGGAAAUCAAAAAGAUUGAACCAAUAAAAUUAUUGGAGAAUUUGGUGGCCGAGGAGCGUGUCAAAACCGAAGAAACAGAAAAUGUUGUCAAAUUGGGUCUUCGUAUCGAAAGUCCACAUUUUCCACAAGAGUUGGUCAAUACAGAUGGUUCUUCAGUUGCUGAUCAGCCAUCACCAAGAACUUGUCUCGAUUUUUCGUCAUUAUCUGAUACGGAAUAA